AUGUCCUCCGACAACUACUACCAGAACGCCGUCAGGAAACGGCCGUUCGAUGGCCGAUACAAUGUCACCUCCGUUAUCGUCACAUUGUCCAUCGGGCUGGCCUUCUGCAACUCACUUGAGAUGGCGCUUCUGAUCUUGACAACCUUCAAGAGAAAGGCAGGGUUAUACUUCUGGAGUUUGGCUCUCUGCAACUAUGGCGUCGUUUCGUAUACACUGGGCAUUACUCUGAGUUAUUUCAACCUCUGCGACUUCUGGCUGAGUGGACUGCUACUGGACUCGGGGUGGCUGUUAAUGAUUACCUGCCAAUCCCUUGUACUUUACUCGCGCUUGGGUCUGAUACUGGACAAUGUCACCAUUCUGAGAGCCGUGAAGUGGAUGAUUAUAAUCAACAGUGUGCUCAUCGAAGCGCCCACAGUAAUCCUGGACUGGGGGCACACAUAUUCACGCAAUCCAGAAUUUGCUCAAGCGUACUAUUACAUGGAGCACAUACAGAUGACGAUCAUUACGCUCCAAGAACUUAUCAUCUCCGGUCUCUAUGUGUGGAAGACCAUCAACCUGCUCAAAGUCAUCUCGAAAGAAAACACCCGAAGUAUGAUUUGGCAACUUCUGGCAAUCAAUAUUAUGAUUAUCUGCAUGGACACGGCGCUCGUCAUGUUACAGUACAAGCGCCUCCAGCUUUAUCAAGAGAGCAUCAAGGGCUUCGUCUACAGUGUCAAGUUGAAGCUCGAGUUGAAUAUCCUGUCUAAGCUAGUGGAUCUUGUUCAAGGAAGCCCAACGGAAAGAUCAAUGACUUUGGAUAUCAUUGACGCCAGCUCGAUCGCGGGGCAGACACAAGCAGCAGUGCGUCGGGAAUCAUGGGGUCCUGGCCAACUCUCCGCUUGGCCUUCAGCUGCUGAUAAAGACAUUGAGGAGCAUAUUGAGGACGUUCACUAUCCCAAAACGAUGAAUGCAUCCCUGCAUUCUAGGCCUCCUGAUGAUGUUGAUGACAUCACGCGUGUCCUUUCUCAGCAUUCCAGAUAUACUGCACGAACAGCGAGCAGGGAGUCUGACAUUUUGUACGCGGAGGCUCUCCGCUCCCUGAAGUAG